AUGCCAAAGAUAUCUUCUACGCCUUUGAAUCUCCAGCGAGAAGCGUUGCGUCAAUUGUUGGAUGGGUAUCAAGAUCUUAGAAAUAUUGGGGGAACAGAAGUGCAGGAACUUUCGCCAACGUCCUUGCCAAUGGAGGAGGGCCCUCCUCACAAUUUUAGCCUCUCCUCGAGUACAUUGUUGAUCUUCUUCCCACCAGGACCAUUUGCCAUGACGGCUCCAGAAUUUGCCCAAUACACUCGUCUUUCUCUCAACAUUGCCGUUGGUUACGAUUUGCGCGCAACGUUUUGUGCUCUCUUGCAUACGCCGAUCAACCACCAGUAUAUGCAGCACAACUACUUUUCGUUGCACCCCCGUUUCCCUGCUUCCUUGCUCGCCCCUGAUCAAGUACCAGCGCCGGUGGAAUCUAUAAAAUCACGAGGAGCUUUUGUGCUGAGCAGUUCGAGGGACUAUUUGAUUUCGGAGUCACCUGUCGUGGGCAUUGAUUGGGCUUUAGGGGGCUUUACGUUGAAUACGUUUGUGACGGCGUGUUGUGAAAGGCUCACGUUACCUCAAAAUCACAUUCAGAAGAGGAGGGUGAUUGAGCUUGGGUGUGUCGGUUAUGUUAAUACAACCCGAGUAGGCUACCAACUUGGCGGCAGGCCAUACCGGCCUAAAAAGACUGCUAAUCAUGAUCAUUCUGGCAUCCAGUGCUUUUUAGAUCUGCUUGUGGUCGAACUAACUAACCACUUAAACGGUAAACAGGGCUGUAUCGAACAGCAGAGAUAA